AUGGAGGCUCAAAACCUUACUUUUUGUUUACUUUUUGGACUUUCUUCCUCAGCUCGUUGUUAUUUUCUAUCUUUAUUGCUUUUCAUAUUCGAAUUUAUCACAUCAGUCAUCAAUAUCGUCUAUAUUAUACCCCGUGAGAAGAUUCACGUAGUCAUCAUGACUGUGAAUGCGUCAGAUGAGUACCUACUCAGGAAGUUUGCUACCCGUGAGCUAGACGAAUUCCGUAUCAACUUUCGCAACCCAAAAUUCUUUACUCCCGCGUACCUCCCCCAUAAACUAUCUAUAGGCAUCCUUGACCGACUACCCCUAGAGCUUCUCCAUGAGAUCCUAUAUAGGCUCGACCUCAAGUCGCUAUCUGCUCUGCUCUGCGUAUCUUGGGGCGGAAACGUUGCUGUCAACGAUUUGCCGCAGUAUCAUGCUAUUGUAAAGCACGUACCUUAUACCCUUGAAGCGAUUCGCCGAGCUGGUCUUCAAAGCGAAUACACGGUGCAGAAGCUCUAUAAGACUCUACGCACCCGCGACUGCCCCGAAUGCGGGGAGUUUGGUGGAUACAUGUUCCUCCUAACAGGCGAGAGAUGCUGCGUUGCGUGCUUGGACAUGAACCAGAACUUUUGGGCGCUUCCCAUCGACAAUAUGGAGCAGGAACUUUGUUUUACCUUCUACGGGAGGACAGAUCUAGUUGUGAUGAAUGCCCUCCCAGCCAGACCCUAUUCUGAUCGUGUGGAGCCGGCUGAAGGUCUGCGCCUGAUAUCUCUCAGGGAGGCAGUGAAGGUUGUAAAGAGAAACGGCACCCUUUUGGUCUUCGACUUUAUCACAUGCCUCGGGAGAGAAUGUGGGAGUCCUGCUCCUCUCCCUAUGGUUCAAUCCUGUUACUGUAAAUUCGGCCCCGAGAGGCAAAACGACGUUGUACCAGAGCAGCCUAGAUAUGAGUCCCGCAUCCCGCCUACGGGCUAUCCGGUAUGGUUGAGUGAGCCGAGCAACAGCUACGGCAUCAUGUCAUCCAUACGACUGCCAUACCUGCUACCGGAUGGGACGCUUGAUUGGGGCUUUUUUUGCGAUAGAUGCAUGAGCAUGGCGUACUACCCCUAUCUCAUCCCAGAGAGCGAGUUUCUAAAGCAUGCGCGCGUGUGCGAGCGGAUCAGGGAGUACGUUGAAAGCAAUUGUGGGGUCCCAGGACCGAGCAUUGAAAAAGCAUAA